AUGGCGAGCAUAACGGCAUGCGUUCGGUUCAGGCCUUUGAGCUCCAGAGAGAGAAGAGAUCACGGCGACUCAGUCUGCGUUCACUGUGUAGAUUCGCAGAGCUUCGUCUUCAAGGAUGAGAAGGAAGAAGAAUUUACUUUUGGAUUUGAUAAGGUGUUUUACGAAAACUCGGAGCAAGCUCAGGUCUAUGAAUUUCUAGCUCUGCCGAUUGUGAAAGAUGCUGUUGAUGGUAUCAACGGCACGAUCAUCACUUAUGGACAGACUGGAGCUGGGAAGACAUAUAGUAUGGAGGGGCCUAGCAUAAUGGUAAUCAAUGAGCAGGAGAGAGGUUUAGUUCCAAGAGUAGUUGAUGGACUGUUUGAUUGCAUUAAGUCUUCUGAUGGAAUAGUGAAGUACUCGAUCAAAUUGUCAAUGGUGGAGAUCUACAUGGAAAAAGUAAGGGACCUCUUUGAUUUGUCAAAAGACAACAUACAGAUCAAGGAGAGUAAAGCGCAGGGCAUGGUGCUAAAUGGAGUGACAGAGAUCUCAGUUUCGGAUCCUGCAGAAGCAUUACAGACCCUAUCUAGUGGGAUAGCUAACAGAACUGUUGGAGAGACCCAGAUGAACAUGUCCAGCAGCAGAAGUCAUUGUGUUUACUUAUUCACAGUUCAGCAAGAACUAAAGAAAGAUAACAGGUUGAGAACUGGCAAAUUGAUUCUUGUUGACUUGGCUGGUUCUGAGAAAGCAGAGAAAACUGGAGCAGAAGGAAAAGUUCUUGAAGAAGCCAAGACCAUCAACAAAUCCCUCUCAGCCCUUGGAAAUGUUAUAAAUGCUCUCACAUGUGGUUUACCAGGCAAAGCAAACCACAUACCAUAUCGUGAUUCUAAACUCACUCGGCUUUUACAAGAUGCACUGGGAGGGAAUUCCCGUACUGCGUUGUUGUGCUGUUGCUCACCAAGCCCUUCAAAUGCAUCAGAGAGUCUGUCCACUCUUCGCUUUGGAAUGAGGGCAAAGCAUAUAAAGAUGUCACCAUGUGCGAAGUCGAGUGAAGAUAAAUCCGCUAAAAAGGAUGGAUCUCCCUCUUCAAGUAAAAAUCAGGCAUGUGAGAGAAUUUUGGAACAGUUGAGGGACAGAUUUGGUGUUGAAGAUGUGAUGUUACUGGAGGAGUUGUUCAGAUUGAGUGGAAUUCUCCAUGAGCCUGGUUCUGCUGAAGAUUUGGAUUCCGCAUUUGAGGAUGUCACUUCACAGACCAUUAUACAAUUGCAGCACAUGGUGGAAGAGCUUGUAUCCACCGUAGAAGAGCUCAAGAACGAGAAUAUGACUCUGAAGUACAGACUGGCAGCUAGUGAAAGGAACGAUACACAAUGUAAAGAAGCUGGAGGUCAUACUGCAAGCAUUCUGCAUAGAGUUUCAGGCACUCUCGGUUCCUUUCUGCCUUGGUUCUGA